AUGUCCAACCCGAAUCUUAAUCUCGAAGUAGAGUUUAACAAACUAAACUUAAAUGAAACACUCAAGGAUACAUCCGUUAAUACAGUAUCUUCGGUCGACAAGAUGUGUAUAGGAUCUAAAUCUGAAACGUAUGCUGAAAGUACAAGCAAUGAUAAAGUUGAAGAUCAGGAACUUGAAAACUUUGCUGAAAAACUAGAUAUCAAGCAAUUCGCAAAAAGUAUCGACGAAAUAAAGAAAUUCUAUA